AUGAGUUUCGCAAUCGCUACCCAAAAACGCCGUUCAAUCCGGGCCCUCCAACCAAUCUCGCCCAUUCCAGAUAGCAGCAUCAUCGAGCUCGCCUCCAGCGCUAUCCUCCACGUGCCUUCGGCGUUCAACAGUCAAACUACUCGCCUCACCAUCCUUUUCUCCGAAGCUCACCUCAAGCUCUGGUCUAUCACAGCGUCGACCUUUGAAACACAUCUCGGUGCCGAACGUUACAACUCCGGUCCUGCAGACCGUAUCGCAGGGUACAUGAAAGGGUACGGCACAAUCCUAUUCUGGGAUGAUGUGGAAGUGGUAGAACAGGCGAGGAACGGUGCGCCAGAUGUUUAUAAAGAUAAGAUGGACGAAUGGAUGCAUCAGAGUAAUGGUAUGCACCAGUAUUACCUGUGGGUUGCGCUUGAGGAGCAAGGAUUGGGUGUUAAUGUACAGCAUUACAAUCCGCUGAUUGAUGGCGAGGUAAAGAAGGAGUGGGCUGUCAGUGACAGUUGGAGGUUGAGAGCCCAGAUGGUUUUUGGGUUACCUGAGAAGGGAAUUGUGGUGGGGGAGAAAGAGCAGAAGCUAGCAAUCGAGGAGAGAUUGAAGGUCUUUGGUGGUGAGGGAGAGUCGUGA